AGUAUGUCUCACCAACCUAUAUUCAAGUCUUUUCAUAAUGUAUUGCACAUUGAUGAGAAGUGGUUCUUUAUGACCAAAACAUCUCAGAGGUUUUACCUUCUUCCUGAAGAAGUUGACCCCUAUAGGACAUGCAAAUCAAAAAGGUUCAUUACAAAAGUCAUGUUCUUGUGUGUGGUUGGUAAAUCACUUUUUGAUGAUAAUGGAGUUGUUCUUUGGGAUGGAAAAAUUGGCAUUUUUCAUUUUACUGAAACUGUUGAAGCCAAAAGAAGGAGCAAGAACAGGGCUAAAGGGGUCUUGGAAGUCAAACCAAUCAAGGCAGUUACCAAACAAGUCAUAAAAGACAUGCUUAUAAAUAAAGUCAUUCCAGCUAUCCAAGAGAAGUGGCCUAGAAAUUUAUCAAAGAACAUUCAUAUUCAACAGAAUAAUGCUAGGCCACACAUUCAAGGUUUAGACUCAGAAUUUGUAGCUGCAGGAAACACUAAUGGUUUCCACAUUACCUUAGGUAACCAACCCCCUAACUCUCCAGAUUUAAAUGUCCUUGAUCUUGGGUUUUUCAGAGCCAUCCAGUCCUUAAAAGAACAGUGUGCUCCAAACACAGUUGAGGAAUUGUUAAAGGCAGUUCAAGGGGCUUAUGAUGCUCUAAAACCAGAAACUUUAAAUAAAGUUUGGUUAAGUUAUCAGCAGGUCAUGGCUACAAUCAUGGAAAAAGAAAAAGGAAACAAUUAUAAGCUGCAGCAUAUGGGCAAAGGCAGACUGGAAAGGGUUGGGACACUGCCUAAGUCCCUUCACAUAGACCUAGAGGUAGUUGUCAACACAGCAAGACUACUUGGAGAAGGAAAUGAGAGUACAUCUGAAGAUAUAAUUCAGUUCAACCCUGAAGAUGAAGAUGAAUACCUCUCUUCAGACAUGAACUGAAUGUAAUGGGAACAACAAAAUGGUUUUUUGGGU